AGAGGAAAGAGGACCAGUCGUGCUUACCUCGGCGAAGCCAGCGCGCGUUGAUUAUCGCAAGUUAGCCAGAUACGCGCCAAGAACUGUUCGAAAUGACAAUUGACAUCCCGCGGUCUGACAUGUGACAUUCGAAAAUGGUGUGUGAAAAUGUGCCGAUGCGAAUUUCGAAUUUGGAAUAGUGCGAAAAUUCAAGAUGGACUUGACUACACGGCGGGAAAACGAUGGGGUGAAUGGUAAUGGGGAGAUUGGUUCAGAAGUGCCCACCAGGAACUCCAGCUCGUUUACAAUACGAAAUCUUGUUGGCGGCGACGAUCGGCCUGCCGACGGAGCCGUAAAUUCGAGUGAAGACUAUUACGCGCAAGAAUACCAGAGAUACACGAGUAUGGGCAUAUCGGAAGCUAAGGACGACUCGCCACGGACCACUCCGGAGCUCCACAGAUCGGACCAGUCACCCUCAGACAGACCCCAGGGCUCCGCUGACAGCGAUGACGCUGACGACUUUGCCCCAAAAAGGAAGCAACGAAGAUAUAGAACCACCUUCACGAGCUUUCAACUAGAAGAGCUGGAGAAAGCAUUCUCAAGGACGCAUUAUCCUGACGUUUUUACAAGAGAAGAACUCGCUAUGAAGAUCGGACUCACAGAAGCAAGGAUUCAGGUCUGGUUCCAGAAUAGAAGGGCAAAAUGGCGAAAACAAGAGAAAGUCGGGCCUCAAGCGCACCCCUACAACCCUUACUUGGGUGGUAGUGCUCCGCCCCCACCAUCAGUGGUCGCUUCCAUGCCAAACCCUUUCUCCCAAAUCAGCUUUGGCUUUAGAAAACCUUUUGAUGCAAAUGCAUUAGCGUCUUUUCGAUAUUCAAGCGCCCCAGUGAUUGGAUCGCAAUACCUCAACGCGUCUCUUUCCCGCCCGCCCAUGUUCAGCGCUCCCAUGUACACAUCAACGCCUCCCUUCCACUCGCUACUCGCUGGACUCACAGCUCCACCACGGCAAUCCCCCGACCCACCUCCCGUAUCUCCUCCUAUAUCCCCUGGCAGCGAAUCACCCCCCAACCAAGCACCUGAAGUCGAGCGUAGGAGUUCCAGCAUUGCUGCGCUUCGGAUGGCGGCAAGAGAACACGAAUUACGACUUGAAAUUCUCAGACAAAGACAUCACACAGACAUGAUCAGCUGAACUUUGUGAUAUUUAAAGUGGUUUCGUUAAGCGGUUUGUGCAAUUCCGGACGCCGCGAUGUGUCUAGUUUGAAAACCUAGCAGGAGUCGUCGAAUAACUUUUGCGAUUGCCUAAAGCAGUGUUUCCCAACAUGGUGCCUACGUCCCAAUUCUAUUGUUAAGGGGGGCUAUUUAAAAAUUUAUUAAAUUUAUUUCGAAUUUGAAUUUCACUUUUCUUUGAAUUUUUACUUACUGUUUUUCAUUAACAAUUUCCAAGUAAUUUCUUCCUUAAACCUACCAUUUAAGUUUCUUAAGUGAACAUUUAAAUUAUUUAUAUAAAAAUUGUGUAUGUUGAGAGCUUCCCCAUAAGAGUUUUAGAAAGGCUAAGGUGGGCAUGGUCGAAAAAAGGUUGGGAAUCACUGGUCUAACGCCAUAUUGUAAGACUCGACUAAAUAAAAAGCACAACGCUCAACAGAGUAAAAACGAUGACAGUAAUAUAGACAAUAGAAUAGAAUAUAUUAACGAUUAAAUUGGAUCUUGACAGUUCCACAGUUUACUACUUAUAUUUAUUAUUAUACCUGUAUAUAACAAUGUACAAAAACACCGUGUUCAUAAUUUUAGCGCGCACAAAGUAAUUUUAAUAUUGGGCUGUUUUACAAGGGUUGCACAUUUACAUUGGUGUUCAAUUUUAUGAUUUUUAAUAAUAAGGAAAGACAUACCAGUAAGUUUUAAGUAACGAAAUUUAUAUUUAAAAAAAACUACGAACGGUCGAACGAUUUUACUUUGUAUUUUAACUUACUUCAAAAUAAGGUUUUAAAACUCGAAUUUUGAAUAGUGCCUUUGAGUCUGUGUGUAUUUUUAUUAAGUUUAUAGAUGUGUUAUUUAGAAUAAUGUUUGUAACUUCAUCCGUCCAAUUAUUGCCUUAUAUUUAUUAUAGUUUAAGAUAGAUGUACAUAUCUAAAUUUAGUAUUAGAUAUUUUCAAGUGUGAUUAAAUUUAUACCCCUUUUUAAGUUAUAUUGCAAUAUGCCUGAAUGUUCCUUACCCAAUAGACAGUCUUUGUCUUCCUUGACUGAGAGAUCGUCGCGUUACGGUCUUAGAUUCUAUAUAAAUGAAAUAAUAACAUCUUUUAGAGAAUAAACAGUGUAAAAAAUAGACUGUAAUUCGCGCAUCUUGCUGUUCAAAAAUGGCUUGCAAUAAUCUGUAGAAAUCUGGUUCGCAACAUUCCAUAGAUAUAGGGUAAAUGUUCUUCAAGAUUAAUCAGUAUUAAUUACAUACUAUGUUAAUGUUGAGACAAAUUGAAAUUGUUAACUAACGACUAUGAAUUGUUAAUUAAGAUUUCAACGUGUACUAAGCAUUUGGAAGUUCAUUUUGUUCCAAAGAAACGCAUGGAUUUCCGUAAAAAUUAUUUAGAUUAAAUUCAUUUGUUUGUUUCCUUUACCAUAUAUCACAGUAUAAAAUAAAAGAAAUUAAACUA